AUGCAGAGAUGUGUACCGAGAAUGCUGAAUUUGGGCCUUCCAACGAGUCCUCUCACACUGCUAAAGCCUAAACAAUGGUCUGCCACUACUACCACUUUACGCACCAUUUCUACUGGAUCUUCCAAGCCGAAAAAGGUGUCUCCUAUCAUAUCGUCGAUUUGGACACUGCCAAAUCUACUUACGAUCAGUAGGAUUGCUGCAGCACCAUUGAUCGGACAGUGCAUAGUAUCCAACAAUCUGGUCCCUGCCCUGGGACUCUUCACGUAUUCUUGCAUAACAGAUUUCCUGGAUGGAUAUUUGGCAAGACGAUAUAACAUGAAAUCCGUUGCCGGAACGGUUUUGGAUCCCAUGGCAGAUAAAAUUUUGAUGCUUGUGACGACAGCGUCGCUGGCGUUUCCUGGUGGCCCGCAGAUAAUACCAGCGCCACUAGCAGGCCUUAUAAUUGGUCGCGAUCUCACACUCGGCUUCAGUGCCAUUUACUUUCGAAUAGCGUCUUUGAAACAUGCAUACGGAAAAGUCACUUGGAAUUCGUUUUGGGACGUGUUCAACUUCCCCAGUGCGGAAGUGAGGCCAACACAAAUCUCUAAAUGGAACACUUUUCUACAAAUGAUUUAUCUUGGUGGAGCUGUCACCAUGAUGAUUUUCCAGUCCUCCUCCUCUGAGGAAAAAGAAUCUGAGGACGCUGUGGGAGUUUUCGAAAAAGCUUUCAAUUACAUGGGUUAUCUGGUCGGAGUAACCACUAUCCUGAGCGGUACCUCAUACAUCUUCAGCAAAAACGCUGUGAAGUAUCUCAACAAAUUGAAGUGA